AACCACAGGCAGAGUAGAACGCUACAUGCCUUCACCAUCCUGGUUACAUCAAUGGGGGGAAUACUCGCCUCCCGUUUAUCUGUAAUUUUCAUGUAAAUGAUUUAGAGUAGCGUUUUUUAACAGUCAAACAUAAAUUCAGUGGGUUUGUUUGUUUGCUAACAAAUGGAAGGUGUGCCAUGCCUUCGCGUGUCGCAGUGUCAUGCACAACAGUUCAGGACAUGUCUUCAGUCCAAAGGGGCUCUUGAUCCGAGUUGGUGUUUACUGAAAGAGUCAGAUGGGACAGUCCUCUUGCCCAUUUUACCAUCCUGUCUUUCACAACUCGAUCUGCAAUCUCUCAGAACCAUGGUGGCUUCGGACGUUGCUUGCGAAAUAGUUAGGAGUCAGUCUCCUCUCCCGUCAAAGAAGAAGAGAGGAAGAACAAGUCGUAAUAAUAAACUGGAACAGGUCCUCCAGGAGUUGUUGGAAUCGCAUGGUGAAAGAUGGACAGAGGAGCUGAGGGCAGACGUCCCUCACAGCUUCCAGAGGCAUGACGACCUGCUCCUCUUGGGACACAACUGCUUCUCUCUGCCAUUAUGGAAGAAAAUGGAGCCACAGCUAUGGAGUGCAGUGGCCAAAGGACUGGGAGCCAAGCGCCUGGCAAAGAUGCAUCAAAUAUCCAGGGACGGAUUUAGGUCUCCCGUGGUGACCAUGCUGUUAGGAGAGCACAGCUGGGUCAGACAUGUUGACAAUCGGAUUAGGUAUGAGUUUGAUAUAACAAAAUGCAUGUUCUCAGCUGGAAACAUAACAGAAAAGCUGCGGGUGGCUGGAUUGGACUGCAGAGGGGAGACUGUGGUGGAUCUUUAUGCAGGUAUUGGAUACUUCACUCUCCCAUAUCUGGUCCAUGCGGGGGCCAGUCAUCUUCACGCCUGUGAGUGGAACCCUGACGCAGUUGAAACAUUAAAGAAAAACCUUGUGGCAAACGGGGUGUCUGACCGCUGCACGGUUCACCAAGGAGACAACCGACAACUCCAAUUGUGUGACAUUGCUGACCGAGUGAACCUGGGUCUCAUACCGAGCUCUGAGGACGGCUGGCCUGUUGCCUGUCGACUGCUGAAGAGAACAACCGGUGGCAUUUUACACAUUCAUCAGAACGUUACCUCAGUGUUACCAAACACUGCAGCCAUCCAGGCAAUCAAUGAUGCAACCAGGAGGGUUUCCGGGAAGAAAGCUGACAGAGAGGUGUGGCAGGCCUGGGCUGAUGACACAGCGAACCGCAUCGCGUCUCUUUUAAAAGACAUCACUGGUGCCCAGUGGAUAACAACCAAACAGCACAUAGAAAAUGUGAAGUCAUAUGCACCUCAUGUUCACCAUAUUGUGUUGGACUUGGAGUGCAGACCAUCCUGAGCUGAGGAGAUAAAUACAGAUGUGGACCCUA